AUGGCUCCUCCGGUUGAAAUAUCCAUCCCAAACACCUCCGUCGGGGGUGGCUCAAAACCAUACACGGUCUAUAAUAUCACUCUUCGCCUGCCGCUACGCUCAUUCACUGUACAGAAGCGAUACUCAGAUUUCCUUGCACUCCACUCCGGCUUAAGCAAUCAGGUUGGGAUUCCACCUCCCGCCACUCUUCCAGGCAAAUCCUGGUUCUCCAAAACCGUGUCCAACCCCGACCUCACAGAAGAGCGGCGGCAGGCAUUGGAACUAUAUUUACAGACGAUCAACAAUCAUGAUGAUCCAAGAUGGCGCACUACAAGUUCCUGGAGAGCCUUCCUAAAUCUUCCCACUUCCUUUUCCAACACCACAUCCAGUAAGGCCGGUGCCCUGCAUUCGGUAUUAUCUGGACCCGGAGGAGGUGGUGCCCCUAUCACCGAUGCUGUUGUGUGGUUGGAUUGCCAUCGAGACCUGAAGAACCAGCUCCAAGAUGCACGUCUGUGCCUGACCAACCGAGACCAAGCCUCGACACCACAGAAACAACACGAAGCAAGUGCUGCCGCCAAGAGCUCCCUUGUCAAAUCCGGAGGCAUGAUCACCGCCCUGGAAGAGGGGCUUUCAAACAUCCAGAAAUCCGUUGGCAGCGGUUGGGAUGGGCAAAAGCUUGGGGAAGGCGAGAUAAGGAGACGGAAAGAUCUCAUUGCCUCGGCGAGAAAGGACAAGGAAGGACUAGAAAACCUUCUGAAUGCCAUGGUCACCAAGUCUAAAUUAGAUACCGCAGUCGCUUCGAUCCAGGACAAGCAGAGUCUUGUUGGGAACAAUCCUAAACCAAAAACUGGAGGGCGAGUUCUGGGCAAGGAGACUGCAGAGACGAGGGAGUUAGAUAACGAAGGUGUUGUUCAACUACAAAAACAGAAAAUGGCCGACCAGGAUCUCGACGUCGAGGAAUUGAGGAAGAUCGUGCACAGGCAGAAAGAGCUAGGCAUUGCCAUUAACCAAGAAUUGGAGGUUCAGAAUGAAAUGCUGAGGAUGGUGGACAAAGAUGUCGACCGUGUCCAGGGCAAGAUUGAUAUAGCAAAACGAAGAAUCGGCAAGAUCUCCUGA